AUGAAUCUCACAGAGCAUCAAGAUGUGUCCGGUAUUCACUCCAACUUUUCCUGUUUAAAGACUUCAACAACAGCAACUGAUGUGCUGCUGUAUACGGCUGUAUCAGUAGUUGUCUCGCUGACAGUGUGUGGAAACCUGCUUGUGAUCAUCUCCAUCUGUCACUUCAAGCAGCUUCAAACACCAACUAAUUUCCUCCUGCUCUCUCUGGCUAUGACAGACUUUCUUGUUGGGGUAUUUGUGAUGCCCCUCUAUUUUACCAUGUUGAUAGAGCCACAACGGUGCUUUGGUAUGGUGCUUUGCACAAUUUUUAAUUUUGCAGCAUUUCACCUCACUUCUGUGUCAAUUUAUAAUGUAACUUUAAUUGCAGUGGAUCGAUGGUUUGCACUCUCCAACCCUCUUCACUACUCCAUGAAAAUGACUGUGAAUGUAACUUUGAGGCUAGUAUCCAUACUGUGGUUGACUUCAUUCAUCUACACUAUGGUACUUCUUUAUUUCAAUGGAAAUAUUGAUAAUGCGAAAGUGAACAUUACAUGUAGUGAAUGUGUUGUUGUGCUUGAUGAUGUAUGGGCCACUGUUGACUUCAUACUUGUAUUUGUUGUAUCAUGUUCAAUGAUCAUAAUUAUAUACUUGAGAAUUUUUGCUAUUGCUAGAAAUCAUGCAAAGAAAAUUAGGAGUGUCCAAAAGAGCCAAAAAACAAAUACUGAUUCAACAGCAUCUGAAAGGAAAGCGGCAAAAACCCUUGGAGUUCUAGUCGCAGUCUUCCUACUGUGUUUAGUACCCUCCUUUGUGUGUACCUUCUUUGAUGCAUAUAUUAGUAAUGAGGCUGUACAACUUGCAGUUUCAAUUACAAUGACUCUAUUAUAUCUAAAUUCAUCAAUCAAUCCUGUCAUUUAUGCUUUGUUCUAUCCAUGGUUUAAGACAUCUGUCAAACUCAUAUUAACACUUAAGAUAUGUGACACAGAAUCUUCAGUCUGGAAUGUGCUUGAAAAGGAAACAUAG